AUGAGACAUCUUCUUUACAUUUUCUUCUUCAUCCCCUUUCUCGGUUUUGCAGGAGCUGGCCAAGAAUCAACACCCAUUGAAGCUCUGAAUCUCCAUCACAAAGUCCUUCAACUUCCUCAAACUACUGAUCUUGAUCUAGCUGUUUCCGUGGGAGACAACAAAACCAUUACCGAGAUUUCCUCAAGCAUCAUAAAAGCUGAAACUUGGCUUAAAACCCAUGUCCUCUCUCGUUACCCUUCCACCAAAAUCACCACCAUUGUUAUCUUUUCCCCUGAUUCUUGCCAAACCACACAACACAAACCCAGUUUUGACCUGGUUCUCUCAUCUUUGAAGAACCUGCACCAUUCUCUUACAAGAUGGGGUCUCGAGAAGAACAUCAAAGUCUCCUCUGGCUUCUCUUACGAGUGCUUAAACAGCAUAGAAACCAUUAAACAUCUUGAAAUGUUCAAGCCUGUUCUCGUCUUUCUCAAAUCCAUAAACUCCACUUUCACCAUAAACCCACCUCCAAAUUUCCUUUCUUCGCCUGAUAAUCAUCUUGACUUGCUUCACUCCGUGGAACAGUUCGGAUCUCUUAGCUUCAACAAGGUGAAUUUCUUAAACCCUGAACCAGAAGAAGCUGCAGCAAGAAGAAAUCUGAGAUCUUUAAUCAAUUUUCCAACUUUGCCCUCUCCAUCACCGGAAAACUCACCAACUCACUCCUCAGUCGGAUUUCCAUCUCCACCCAGAAACCUUUAUCCGCCAACUUCCUCCCCUCCCCAACUCUCGCCGGAGCAAACUCCGAUUUACUCCCCUACCCGAUUUCCGCCGGAGCCAUCGCCUCUUUCGAGUCCAGGUCUCUAUCUUCCGCCGUGCAAUGCUCAUCCGGCGCCGUCUCCGUCUCCGGCGAAGAAGAAGGACAUGGAAGGGCUAUGGUGCGUGGCGAAACCGAGCGUAGCGGCGGAGACAUUGCAGCAAUCUCUGGAUUUUGCGUGCGGACAAGGAGGAGCGAAUUGCGAUGAGAUUAAACCUCACGGGAUAUGUUUCUACCCAGACACAGCCAUGGCACACGCCUCUUACGCUUUCAACAGCUACUGGCAAAAGAAUAAACGAAACGGAGGCACUUGCUCUUUCGGUGGCACCGCCAUGCUUAUUACAACUGAUCCAAGUAAGUUAUCAGCAUUGCCGGUUUGUUAUGAGCUGAGACUUGUCGGGCAUGGAAGAUCUGGAAUAAUCAUGGAAGCUAAAGAAGAUUUUCUCGUUAAUUAG